GCGGUGUUUAGUUUAAUAUCGUCACCUGCUGCCGUGUGUUGUUGUAUCAGUUGAAAUAACGACCAUUCGCUGCACAACAGUUUUUAAUAGCGUGUUUGGGUCUGAUUGAAGCGCUGCAAAGUAUCUGAAGCAUAGAGAACAACGAAAGCACUACACCCUGCUGUUUAAGGUGACUGAUCAGAGGAGACCACACAACCACACCUCUUCUACAAGCAGACCACUCUGCUUGCUUUGGACCUGGACAACUUUUCUUUUCUUUUUUUUUUGAACGGGAUGGAUCUUGAAAAAACAUAACUUGGAUAUACACAUUUAACGUUUUUUUUGUUUGGAUAUUUUGCAAGGAGUUACCAAAGUUUCCGAGGGGAGAACAUACAGCUUGUUUUCUGACUUUAAUAUAGCUGAGAUGGACCAAGCCAGCGGAGGGGAGGAUCCCAAUAAGCCCUCCAAAAAGAAAUCCAGCGAGGAUGAGGGUAAAAACAAAAAGCUGAACAUACACAUAAAAACACUGGCUGAUGACAUGCGAGACCGUAUUACAAGUUUCAGGAAAACAGGGGCAAAGAAGGAGAAGCCUCUCAUCCAACACCCGACCGAUCCCAACUCUACCCAAACAGAACUGCCUCUGCCACAGCCUUUUUUUGACGAGAGAUCCAAUAACCUCUCAGAAAAAGAAAUAGUUGACCUCUUCGAGAAGAUGAUGGAGGACAUGAACCUCAAUGAGGAACGGAAAGCCCCUUUACGUGGAAAGGACUUGGCCACCAAGCGUGAGAUGGUGGUCCAGUACAUCUCAGCCACUUCAAAAUCUAUAACUGGGAGCAAAGUGGCGGGUGGGCUACGAAACAGCAGACAUGAGUGUACACUUUCAUCCCAGGAAUACGUCCAUGAGCUGCGCUCUGGCAUCAUGGACGAAAAGCUGCUCAACUGCUUGGAAUCCCUCAGAGUGUCUCUCACCAGUAACCCUGUCAGUUGGGUCAACAACUUCGGACAUGAGGGGCUUGGCCUUCUUCUGGAUAAUCUGGAUAAGCUUUUGGACAAAAAACAGCAAGAGAGCAUUGACAAACGCAACCAGUACAAACUUAUCCAGUGUUUAAAGGCCUUCAUGAACAAUAAGUAUGGACUGCAAAGGAUCCUGGGCGAUGAGCGCAGCUUGUUGCUGUUGGCACGAGCCAUCGACCCCAAACAGACCAACAUGAUGACGGAGAUUGUCAAAAUUCUCUCAGCUAUUUGUAUCAUCGGAGAAGAAAACAUCCUGGAUAAGAUUCUGGCUGCCAUGACGAUUGCAGCAGAGAGGAACAAUAAAGAGAGGUUUGCUCCAAUUGUGGAGGGAUUGGAGAACCAUGAGGCCCAGCAGCUCCAGGUUGCCUGUAUGCAGCUGAUCAAUGCCCUGGUCACAUCACCUGAUGAUCUAGACUUCCGGAUUCAUCUACGCAACGAGUUCCUCAGAUGCGGCUUAAAGAAGAUCCUUCCUGAGAUAAAGAAGACCGAAGAGCUGGACAUUCAGCUGAAGGUGUUCAAUGAGAACAAAGAUGAAGACGCUAUUGAACUCUCCCAUCGCCUGGAUGACAUCCGUGCUGAGAUGGAUGAUAUGAAUGAAGUGUACCAUCUCCUGUCAAAUAUGGUGAAAGACACCGCUUCAGAGCCCUACUUUCUGUCAAUCCUUCAGCAUCUAUUGCUUAUCAGGAAUGACUAUUACAUCAGACCUCAGUACUACAAGGUGAUCGAGGAAUGCAUAUCACAGGUGGUUCUGCAUCGCAGUGGGACGGACCCCGACUUUGGCUACAGUAAACGAUUGGAUGUGGACUUCACCCAGCUCAUUGAUCAGUGUGUGGAUAAAGCCAAAGUUGAAGAAAGUGAGCAGAAGGCUGUGGAGUAUUCUAAAAAGUUUGAUGAGGAGUUCAGUGCUCGACAGGAGGCCCAGGCCGAGUCUCAAAAAAAGGAGGAAAAGAUCAAGGAGCUGGAAACCAAAAUCCAAACUCUAGAGGCCCAGAUUGCUGCAGGCCCAGCUGCACCUGCAGCACCACCUCCUCCACCACUACCAGGAGGUGCAGCACCCCCACCUCCCCCACCUCCUCCUCCCCCACCCGGUGGCUGUCCUCCUCCCCCUCCUCCCCCUCCUCUCCCUGGCCACGCCGCCAUUCCACCACCCCCUCCUCCUCCCCCAGGAGCAGGACCCCCGCCACCUCCACCCCCCCCUGGUUGUGGGCCUCCACCUCCUCCGCCUCCCUUUGGUGGUCCUCCUGCACCUCCAGUUGUCAAGCUGCCUUAUGGACUGGAGCCAAAGAAGACAUACAAGCCUGAAACUGUGAUGAAGAGGGUCAACUGGUCAAAGAUAGUGCCCCAGGAAAUGGCAGAGAAUUGCUUCUGGAUCAAAGUCAAAGAAGAGAAGUUUGAAAACCCUGACCUAUUUGCUCAGCUCUCCCUCUACUUCUCUUCACACACUAAAGUAAAAAAAGAUGUGAGUGAUGAGACUGAUGACCGAAUGCCCCAAUUCAAGAAGAAGACAAAGGAGCUUCGUAUCCUGGAUGCCAAGACAGCACAGAACCUAUCAAUUUUCUUGGGCUCGUUCCGCCUGCCUUAUGAAGAGAUCCGGGACAUUGUGCUGGAGGUAGACGAGGAAAGACUGAGUGAAUCACUCAUCCAGAACCUAAUAAAGAACUUGCCUGAGCAGAAAGAACUGAGUGCUCUAGCGGAACUAAAAGGUGAAUAUGAGGAGCUCGUGGAGUCAGAGCAGUUCGGCAUUGUGAUGAGUUCAGUAAAGCUGCUGCGGUCACGUCUCAACGGGAUUCUUUUCAAGCUGACGUUCGAGGAGCAGGUGAACAACAUUAGGCCAGAUAUCAUGAAUGUGACAUUCGCCUGUGAAGAAGUGAAGAAGAGCGAAGGCUUCAGCAAACUCCUGGAGUUCGUGUUGCUGGUUGGCAACUACAUGAAUGCUGGCUCAAGGAACGCGCAGACGUUUGGUUUCAACGUCAGCUUCCUCUGCAAGCUAAGAGACACUAAAUCCAUCAGCCACAACACAACACUUCUCCAUUUUCUGGCUGAGAAGUGCGAAGAGAAUCACCCGGAGAUUUUGGGGUUUCCUGAUGAACUGGAGCACGUGGAAAGUGCAAGCAAAGUGUCUGCUGAAAUCCUGAAGAGCAGUCUGGCCACAAUGGAGCGACAGAUUCAGAAACUUGAGAACGACAUUGAGAAUUUCCCUAAAACGGAUGACCCCCAAGAUAAGUUUGUAGAAAAGAUGUCCGGCUUUUCCAAACAUUCUCGGGAGCAGUAUGAAAAGCUGUCCAUCAUGCACAAGAACAUGCAGAAGCUUUACGAGAGCAUAGGCAACUACUUCGCAUUCGACCCCCACUCAGUCAGUGUGGAGGAUUUCUUCGGAGAGCUGGCCAACUUCCGCUUCCUCUUCAUGGAAGCUGUGAAGGAGAACCACAAGAAGAGGGAGAUGGAGGAGAAGAUCAAGAGAGCCAAGCUGGCGAAGGAAAAAGCUGAGCGAGAGAAGCAGGAGCGUCAGCAGAAGAAGAAGCAGCUGAUUGACAUGAACAAAGAAGGGGAUGAAACUGGUGUGAUGGAUAGACUAAUGGAAACUCUGCAGUCUGGAGCAGCCUUUAAUCGGAGAAAACGGACACCAAGAACUGGUGAUCAAAGCCCUUCCAGUCCAGUCUCUCGGUGGCCGGGUGCUAACUAUGGUAGCAGAACUCUAGACAACCGCCGUGCAGUCCUCGAAAGGUCUCGCUCACGCCACAACCCAAAUCACCAAGCUCGAUGAUUACCCGUGUCUACUACAAGACCUUAGAUAAGUGCCAAAGAGGACUGCGAUGAGGACAAGGCGAUAGGGAAGACAUUGGGAGGGACACACCGCCCCUCACUGUUGCUACCAGAGCACCAAGUAUGGAAAACUGCCUACAGAAAGAAACAACUGGACAUUUAGAUUUUAUUUGACUCCCUACAUAUUUAUUCUUUUUUUUUUUUUUUUUACUGCUUAAAAUGUUUCUUUUUGAUUUGGAAAUUGUUUAAAAAGCUGUUUCCUUCCAUGUUUAAACCUAUAUUUUAAUCCAAAUGCUUCAGUUAACUCAAAAUGCAGACAGGAAACAGGCAAAUAUAUCGCAGUCUGCUACAGAGGGACAUUCUGCCAAGAGGGACUACUGUAUCCAGCAUGCUUGUCUGGAACACUAUGGACAGCUGUCACAAAAAUGGAGGACACAUCAAUGGGUCUUAAUGAAGAGGAGGGCAGUGAAAUAUUAUUUCCCUGUCAUAUUUAAGGUAAUCUGUUCAAUAAUAAUCACAUUUUAUCUCUCUAACAAAGCCACAAGAGCUGGCGGCUUUCUGCACCAGUAUCAAAGAGCAGGUAACUCAUGGACUUUUAAAAUGCAAGACAUUUUAACUGAUGAGAUUUUGUGUUGUGUUGCAUAAUCUCACCUUUACCCUUCAGGUGCUGAUUUGUUUCCUGAGGUUGCUGUGGCUGUUACAAUUAGAAGCUGACAUUUUUAAAUACACCCAGCUGCCUGGGAUCAACCAUGAACAUUUGAACCUUUCUUCAGGUCAUGCAGGGUUUCAGCAAGGCAGACCUCCAUGUACUAAAGUUUUUACACCAUUUUUAAGGCACAUUUUGAAAACCAACACAGUCUAAUAUGGUAUAAGCCUAAUGUCACAUAAAAACAUCGAGCUUAUGUAAAAUAAGCUUUAUGAAAACAAUAAUUGUUUUAGGAUUUAGCAAGGUUGGAUAAUCCAGCAGGUUCUGCAAAAUUCUAAUUGUCUAACUACACGGCUGAUUAGAGACGCAGAUUCUUCUACAAAUUAGCAGAUCAUGCUGAGAACAACAGUUUUCCUUUUAGAAGUUGUUACUUAAUGAAGAAGACUCAGAGUUUGCCAUUCUCACUAAAACUUGCUGUGUUUUAUAAUGAAGUGAAAAGAAGGUGCAAGAAAUGUUAAAGGAAAUUUCAUUUUCUACAAGGUAUAUCAACAGAUUAUAGGACUUAUGCAUUUCUUUCUUUAAAUAAUACUGAAAUCCUGUUUAACUGCAAAACUUUUUAACUCCGGCUUAUCUCACUCCUUUUGUGUUGCAACACAAACGUAAAGAAAGAAAGGCUCCUGUAAAGAUUUCAAAUAGAUAGUUUUUCACAGGUUUAAUUUGUUGCAUUUUAUUCAUUUUUUAUUGUUCAGUAAUGUUAAAACAACAUUAUUGUCCUAAGUAUGAACAAAUUUAAGCCUGAGUUUGAGCCUCGGAACAGUAAGCUCUGGGUAGUCUGCAUCAAUGCACCACAUCCAGCCCUGGCAUAGGUACAUUCAUACAUUACCCUGGGUAUUUCUUUGUCAGGAAGAAAACUUCUAGUUAUAUUAGAUUUUUGUUUUAAAAAUUAACAGUCUAUCCUGUCAACCUUCUGCUAUUUCUUAAAGCAUAAAAUAAAUGUUAUUGUUGUUUUGGGAACUGAGAGGCACCACAGAAAUUAAACUAAACCAUAAACAUCUAUUCUAACACUGAAAAACAGACAAACCUACUGCGUUGGUUGUUGAUGCUGUUUCUAAUAUUACAUCUGAAGUUAACGGAUUUUGUUUAAAUUUGUGUGUACUUAACCCGGAGUUGGAUCAUAAAUGAACUCUGUUACCAUUAUGUGGGCCAGAAGAUGGAAAGUUUGGAAACCUCUGGUCUAGAGAAUCACACACUAGUCUUACUUUGUUCUCUUUCUGAGAAAUAUUUGUUCAAUUUAUUACUCUUUAAAAGAAUUAAGAAUUAUUAGAUUGAUGCCUUCCAAAAAUCCAUCAGCUUAUUGCUACUUCUAAGUGAUCUGUGACACCAUAAAAGCUUUAAUCUUGGAGCCAGCGUCUUAUCACUGGUUGAUUUCACUGCAAGGACCCACUUUUACUUUUUAAUGUAAACUAUUUAUUUAUAUAUUCAUGCUAAGGGUGGCUUUGUCCCUCUUCACUUCACUAGACUGUAAGCAGAUGCUACUAAAAACAACCAUUAAAUCUACAUGGAGAUGGGGCAUGACCAGAAUUACAGACUGAGGGCCACAGCAGGCUGGAUGAUGCUUGUCUUAGCAAGCAGGUCUCCAGACACCUUCCAGUUCCCAAGCACUAAUGACAUAAGUGACCCUUUUACCAUGACACAAGUUACUUUAGAAGCAGCAUAACUUUGCUUUGGGCUUUGUGUGUCUGCACGCCUCAUGCCACCUCAGUAAUCCAAACAGGAACCCAGGGAAAAUAGGAUUCAGUGGGCUUGACUCCUGCGCUGAAUAGAUGAAGAUUUUUCAUUUAAACAAUCUGCCAGGGCUGCUUGUGAUGCGCCUGUUUCAUGGAGCCUCCCCUCCCUUUUGCCUGCAUGCAACAAAAAAAAAUGCAAUUUUACACAUCAUCUCGGUUCGAGGUGCGCGCCCACAACGCUUCGAGAAGUCUGCAUAUUUAAGAAGACAAUAACUCUCGGCUGAAUAUCAGGUUAAAGCCGUCACAGAGUGAAAGCCUCGAGAAUGAGUUUUCUGGAUAAGGGACUCUGCGUUGGUGGCAGUUUUGAGGGCGUGUUGUACACAGCAGUGAUAAAGAUGCAUUGUCAAAAAAGUGAUUUCCUCUCUGUAAUCGCUUCUCCCCCUUUGUUCUUCAAAACACCACAUCUGCGCAAUUUUAAGCUUUGAAUGACACCAGUUUUUUAAAUCACAGUCCUCCAGCAAAACACAGGUCUGCUAUGAUAUGAGGUAUUUACCUGCCUAAACAAGCCACAUUUGGAUUAUUCAAUAAAAAUAAAAAAAAAGACUUACAGCUUAAUUAACCCUUCAAGUGUACAAACAUCUUAAAAAAAAUCUUAUUUUGGUCGAUAUUGAUGACCAGUUUUUUUAAGUAGAGGACUUAUUGUGAUCAUAAGUUAUGUAUUUAUCAUCUAAAAAAUUUUUUUUUUUUCAAGCAAGUAGUAAAUAGGAAUUGUAGACAUUUGCUGCAACAAUACAGGUUGAAAAAUCAGAAGCCUCAAAGAGAAAAGGAAAAUUUGACAUGCAGGAGAGUAGAAUUACGAACUUCUGAUUAGAAGACUUGUACAAAGAACAAAACCCACAUUAUCAUAGUGAUUGUUCUCUCCUCAUCCCAUUGUGUCAAAUGAAAAUUGUGUGUUUUAUAGGAAGUAAUAGCAAGAGACUUUUAGGUCAACAAAACAUAGACAUGUGAAAAACAGCCAAUCAUUCCGCCAUCUAUAUGCUUCUUACUAACAAACCUCAGCUGAUGAUGUAAACUACUGUGCCCUUAACUAUUCCUACACAUUCAGAUUAUUCCCUUUUAAAACUACAGUAUUCAGUGUUCUUUAUUGGAUUUUUUGAUUAACCAACACAAAUGAGUGCAUGUGAAUUUUCUAUUUUAGAAAUAAAAAAAAAAUAACUUUAUUUAACGCCCCUAAAAAAAAAAAAUUCCUUGCAACAAAUUAACUUAAAGGCACACCUUGUUACUUUUGGCCACUAGCAGCGUUAGACCCAUACGUUUCACGUCUAGCACCCCUAAUGGUCAAAAGCGCCGCAGCACUGUCAUAAAAGUCAACAAACAUUCAGCCGUCCCGCCUCCAGUGUCUUUUGAUUGAGGCUUGGAGGGCGUGAGAAUGCUGCUGCUCCCCGGAUGGCACUGCCCGGGCAGGCCGAACCAGCACGGAGGACGAGUGGCAGAGCUCCAGUAAAGAGCUACAUCCAUCUCAGCUCGCUACUGUUUGUAUCCUGCUCUCUCUGCCCGUAUUCUGCUAAACAUAGAAAAUGAUAACAAAGAUUUUUCCUUGCCUCAGCCAUGACCAGUAGUCGAGCAGGCAAAAAAAUAAUAGAGAAAAGCCUUAGCUCCGUGACUAUAGAAGAGCCUGUGGCAGUAAAGAGAUACAUACUUCCAGGUCACAUGACCUGGCCAACGACGGAGUAUAUUCUAUGAACUUACAUCUGUGGUCUUUCAAGAGGGGAGCCCUGCUCAUAACAUUGACAGUGUCAAGCACUGUAUAUUGGCCUGAGGAAUCACUUUAAAUAAUUCAUAUGUAUUAACAUUUUAGGUCACAAAGUCUGCGGUGUGCCUUUAAGAAGUCCCCUAAUUAGUAGAUAACACACCAGAGAGGUCCUAAACACACCAUCAUUAUCUUCAACCAUAGUGGUAGCAUCAUACUUUGUGGACGGUUUUACUCAGAGUUGAUAGGGAGGUGUGUAGAUAUAAAUUCAAUUCAGUCCGAGAGUAAAACAUAGGAGCUGAAAUAGAGUUAAAACUAGUGUUGAACUGAUACCGAUACCAGUAUCGGGCAGGGCCCUGAUCCAGCUCUAAAAUGUUGGUAUCUGUAUCAGCGAGUACCAACAAAUACGGCACUGAUACCAUUUUGAGAGCCAAAAGUUUAUUCAACUAUUGUCACCCAUUCCAGGUAGGCAAUAAAAAGUUCUACUGGAUUCACUUUUUUAAUAGUCUUUUACCUGCUUCACAAAGGUAGGCAGCAGCUUGACAAAGCCAUAAUGGCAAUUAUUUUAUAUCCAAGUAGUACACAGUUCUUCGUAUAUACACACACAUCAAUUUCAAACACAUGGCAUCGGUAUGGUAUCGGCCAAUACUGCACAGCUAGGUAUCUGGUAUCGGUAUCGCGGACAAAAAUGGCAUUGGCGCAACACUAGUUAAAAUUGAAGCUUAAAGUAAUGUAUCAGCUUUUGCACAACUACUUUGUGUUGGUCAAUCAUGUUAAUCAUUAUAACAUGCUUGUUAUAUUAUGUUUGUUCUAAGGUGAUAAACUGUAGAGAAGUUCAAGGGGCAGAAUAUUUUUUACAAGUCACUGUGUGCUCAUGUAAAUCAUGCAAGCAAGGAGGCAGGGGUAUGAAGUGCAAAGGUGCCCUUUCUUCCGUGCUUAGGGUACAUUUUUCAGACGUAUCAUUCACUGUCCACGCACUUUACAAGAUAUUCUGCUCAGACAAAAGAAAGAUUUGUUCCAAGAUUUGUAAAAGCAACUUUACAACUAACAGAGUGAACUAUUUGCACAGCAUGUCUGGUAAACAGUUGCCAGUUGCUACAUAUCCACUUCUUCCUAUUUUGAUGAAGUUCUGCUGGGGCUGAAUAAACAUGCUAAGCUUAUUUUUGUUGACAAACCCUGUCUGACCAUGAUGUGUAAGCCACCAUAUCCCUGCCUGCCUUCUUUUUAUCUGUCACCCAGUAUGUUAAACUGUCUUAAGAUACAUUUAUAUUUUUAACAUUUUAAGGUUAUUUGUAUGCUUAGCAACACGGGGUAAAAAAAAA